AUGUGCAAGGAUCAGUCUUUCGUGCUCGGGCUUGAGCUGCCAAAUGAGGCAGAUGAUUUGCAGCAUGAGCGUCGAACGGAAUACAUGAUGCUGCUCGUGCGCGGCUUCAAUGACUGGUUUGAUCGUCACCGUCAGAGUGCACAACAACCAGAGCAGCCUGUUCCUCCCACAGGGCAGAUGCUAAUUUCUCGUUUCCAGUCGCACCCGCUGAGCGACGACUUCAUCUACUACCCGUCGGAUCAUACAAGUGACGGUGGUAGUAGUCGAGACCUCUUCGCAGUCAGCAAGUGCGAGUCAAGAGCAGACGACGAGCCAUCACUGAACCAAUACAAGCAAGCAGAAGACGCAUCGGUCUUCUUUAUUGUUCUCGCUGCUCUCGCACCAGACAAGAGCAUGGGCGCCAAAGAACUUCAAGGGCGCCUGGAUGUGGGCCAGACAAAUCUUUCAUCCUAUAUGCGCCACCACACUGUCCUCGUUCGCGUCGCUCUCGCGCUCGCGCCAAUUUUCCACAAAGAACCACCUACAGGACAGAGACGAUGA